AUGGCACUCCAUAACUUUAAAUCUAAAUGGAUCGACCACUUCAAUUCCCUGUGGGUGGAAGAGGAUUGUGAAAGCCUGAUAUUAAAAGAUGAUUUGGAAGGGCUUUACCAACGCUUAGUCAACAACAAGGAGAUCUUGUGUGUCCCUCCACAAGCCAUUUUCCUCAAAGGACCAACUCUUCCAGAUUUUAACAGCAGUUCAGAAACAUACAGCCUUGAUGAGCAAGAAAAUUUACUGAACUCUCUUCUUUCCAACCAACUAUUUUUAGCUGAAGUUGUCAGCAGUAACACACCUUUUGCUCAGGUGCUUAUGAAGAGGGUGCUGGUCCUCCAGCGGAUUUACAAUGCAGUAUCACAGAAGUAUCAUGCCAUUCUGGACAGUCCGGCCAUUCCUCUUAUUUCACCACUUGACAACGAGAAGGGAAAGGUUCUUGAGCAUGUGGAUACUGCAUCUGCAAUGGGCAGUGAGGCCCUCAUCAAACUUGGUGUCAAGACUGGCCUCAGUAUGUUGUUUUCUCUGUUUCGGCAAAACUGGACUCUGACUGCCAGCACUGGACAGGUGUCAUCUUGUAAUGACAUCCUGCUGACAGCUCUUGAUGUUGUCUACUCACUGCCGCCACUGUCUCUAGCAAAUGAGAAUAAGCUGACCACUUUAGGCACUGAGGCUUUGAACUCUGUGACCAAAUUCCUCCAUCUUGCUGCCAGUCCACAGUCAGGAGCUGAUAUCCAAGGACAACAGUUGGCAUCCCAACUGCUUCUGGCCAUUGCCAUGCAGCGAGGCCUGCUCCAUCACCUGCUGGACUGGGUGGGGCUGGCUCUGCAGGUAUCCGCAGGUGCUUACAGUGAGGCCAAGAAAGGUGUCGAUGCCGGUUAUGGCAGAAUUAACAUGACAUUUUUCAAGGCAAUCCUGGCGCAAAUGAUUGACAAAACAGGUGGGGCAGAGCGAGUGCCAAGGACAUCUCUGACUGUGGACAAGGAUGGUAUGAUACCCAUGUUUGAAGCUGCCAUGUUUCUCUUGGAAGAACUCCAUUGUGCUGCUGAUGAGUACACCAACACUGGCAGUGUGUCUGGAGAGUGCAGCCCGGGCACUUCUACGCCUACAGGUCCAGCCAGUCUCAACCAGCGCACGGAUGUCUACGUCUGGGGCAGCAACAGCAGCCACCAGCUGGCAGAGGGCAACCAGGAAAAGAUUCUCACUCCAAAACUGACAUCUGUCUUUGCAGAUUGCCAGCAGGUCGAGGCAGGUCAAUUCUGCUCAUUCCUUCUGCACCUUGACGGAAGUGUGAGUGCUUGUGGGAAGGGUAGCUAUGGCCGCCUUGGUCUAGGAGACUCCAACAACCAAACAGUACCCAGGAAGCUGACAUUUGAUCCGCCCAAGGUCAUUAAGAAAAUUUCAUCUUCAAAAGGCUCAGAUGGACACACCCUUGCUCUGACAGUAGAUGGGGAGCUCUUCAGUUGGGGAGAUGGAGAUUAUGGCAAGCUUGGCCUUGGAGGAAACCACACUCAGAAGUUUCCCAAACUUAUUCAGGGACCAUUAACUCGUAAGGUGGUCAAGUGUAUGUCUGCUGGCUAUAGGCACAGUGCUGCAGUGACAACAGAUGGAGAGCUCUACACAUGGGGGGAAGGAGACUAUGGUCGCCUAGGUCAUGGUGAUAAAACAUCCAGAAAUCUGCCGAAACAAGUGAAGGACAUUGGCCUGGUGGGGCAGGUGGCGUGUGGGAGCUCUCAUACUCUGGCCAUAUCUCAGGAUGGGAAGACUGUGUGGUCAUUUGGAAGUGGGGAUAAUGGCAAACUUGGCCAUGGUGACAUGAAUCGUCAGACUAAGCCUGUGGUAAUCCAGGGAUUGAGCGGCAUGUACAUCCGCAAGGUAGCCUGUAGCAGCCAGACUUCUCUUGCUCUGACAUCUACUGGCCAGGUGUAUGCCUGGGGAAGUGGUGCCUGUCUGGGCUUUGGUUUGGCAGACAUCACGGCCAUGUCACCAAAGUUGAUAGAAGAUCUGCAAGGAAUCCGUGUCAUGGACAUUACUAUUGGGGACAGUCACUGUCUGGCGCUGUCCUAUGAUAAUGAAGUCUAUGCCUGGGGUAAUAAUGCCAUGGGCCAGUGCGGUCAAGGUCACGCUCAGAGUCCGGUCACCAGACCCCGUAAAGUGAUUGGCCUUGAUGAGGCUCACAUCCAACAGGUUUCAGCCGGGACGUCACACAGUAUAGCUACAACCGCUCUCCCUUAUGAUCGACAUGUGGUUGCCUGGCACAAACCCUUUUGUGUAGAUCUUCAGGAAGCAACCUUCUCAGUUCUGGGAACAUUCCUAGAGCAUUACUGUGAUGGAUUUGACUGCCCAGAGCCUCCUCCUCCAUUUCAAAACAGGCAACAACAUCACAAGUUUGUCCUUCUGUGUCUGAAACUUCUUUCCUCCCAUCUGUCUCUGGCCUUGACCUGCGGACUAGGAAGUGAAGUUCUUGGCAGUCAGACACGGCCUCUCCGAGUGCUGCUGUUUAGACUGGUGGACACCCACCCUCCAGAACCUAUAAAGAAGACUGUCACUGAUACACUUGCCAUUGGUGCAUCGUUGCUGUUGCCUCCACUGAAAGAGAGAAUGGAACUCUUGCAUUCACUGCUGCCACAGGGUCCAGGCAGCUGGGAGUCUCUGACGGCUGGACAGAGAAUGCAGUUAAGCAUCAUUCUGACAAGCCUUCAGGACAAUCAACACAUUGCAGCUUUAUUAGGUUUGGCUAGCAACAGUCUGCACCCUGCACCGCCUUGCACCAACGAUGGUGUCUCUGAGCUCCAGCUUGCUGAACAGUUGAUGAAAACUAUUCUCAUGAAUCUUGCCGCUCAUACGGAGAAGUCACUGAAUGAAUUAAGCUGCAUGAACAUUGCCACCCCAAGCUUGGCCACAGAGUCAUCUCCCCCUGCCAACCUGCACUACUUGCUGGGUUCCCUGCAGAAACACCUGCUGGCAUAUUGUUACAACAAGACAUUCCCAGAUACCAAGGGUCCCUGUGUGGUCAAGCAUUUGCACCAACAUCUGCUGCUGCUACUGCCAGUGUGUGGGGAUAUCUUCAGUUUGACUGCCUCAGUUGUCACCAAAGUCAGUGGCAUGGAAGACCUCUUAGAACAAGUUGAAGAUGUGGUACUACAGUCUCCAGCCGGCAGAAUGUUGAGUCAUAUUCUAAGUGCUUUACUGGUUCUACCUUUGGCCCUAGUCAUGCCUGUUCUUCAUCAGAUUCUUACCCUGCUACCACAGCUGGACAAUCUGGCCAAGUUGUUACCUGGAGCAUCCUGCCUGGAAGAAGCCGAGCUUGAGUUUAAGAAAGAUGAUAUUCCUGCUCACCAGAAACCGUGGUCAUGGCUGAUUGACCUGGAGAGAACCUGUGGGCUGCUCGUAGGCAGCUGUCUGGGAGGGAUGUUGCACGGUCCUCAGCAAGCCCAGUGUGAAGUUGAAUGUGACCACUGGCUCAAUUCACUGUUGUUCAGUAACGGCCUGCAGUCAGCAAGCCACUUCAAAAAGAUGAGCUCUCUCAUGUCGGAAAUGACAGUCGAGAGCCCAGAGUCAUUAUCCAGUCUGUGUCAUGAGCCCGGCAUGGACUCUGAGACAAAAGCUCUGCUGAAUCUAGCCCUGGGUGUGUCCAGUGAUACCAACAAUCACCUGCUGGCUAUGAUGGCAGACUUUGCUCUUAUCCAAG